UUCGAGCUAGGCUCGUUUGGCUCAACAGGAGAUCAGCAGACCAGACCGGCGUUUCAUUUCGCCGCAGAAGGUCGUUCACAGCUGGGAGUUAUUUAGCACUAUUUAAAACCGAAACCAGACCCACGGAUUAUAUUAUAUUGUCUUGUCUGUGACUAUUUCUGGGGAAAAAAACCCAGAGGGACGCGGGUGUCGGCCAGCCGCCACUCGGGCUCGUUAUGAAACAUUGCUAGCGAACGUUGGCUAACGUUAGCAGCUAACGGACGUUAAGGAAGCUGCCGUUGGUUACGCUGACCGCUCUAAAAGCGGCUGGAGUCGCUGAGGUGACCUCACACAACCAGCCGGUAAACGCCAACCAGUUAAUUCGGGGCAUUAGUAAUAGUAACUUACUAUAGCUACGUUGGCGCUAAUACACCCGUACUACGCCGGGUGUUUGGAGCGGACAUUUGAAGCCUUCUGCCUGGGUCUUUUUCGACCAGACCCAUUGCUCAGCUUCUCGGACCCAGGAUCUGUGCUCGUUAAACUGAGUGGCUGACUUGAUGGCAGCCACGGCCGGUGCCCGGCGGUUACCCAUGGGCGUACGGACAUUCAGUGACCUCCUCCACAUCGCCUGCGUGGGCACACCUCGCCCGUGUCGCCCAGGGGUGCUUAGAGGAUGCCUGCGACAGAACAUUAGACACUUGUCGUCAUGCGGCAUUUUGAUGACAAGAACUCCCAAAGUGCUUUGCCUUCAAGACUGGGCCACAAUGACAGCUGCUCCUCCUCACAGCCGAAACUUCAUCAGUUUUACCAACAAAAGGAAGGAGUACUCCGAGCGUAGGAUACUUGGAUUUUCUAUGCAGGAAAUGCAUGAUGUGGUGGCCAAUGUUGACGAAUACAAGCACUUUGUGCCCUGGUGUAAGAAGUCCCAGACCAUCAUGAAAAGAGCAGGCCACUCCAAAGCCCAAAUUGAGGUCGGAUUUCCUCCAGUGGUGGAAAGAUACACGUCUAUGAUCACCUGUGUCCGGCCCCAUCUAGUCAAAGCGGUGUGUACGGAUGGAAAGCUAUUCAAUCACUUGGAGACCAUAUGGCGCUUUAGUCCUGGUAUUCCUGGUUACCCUCGCACCUGCACGGUAGACUUUUCUAUAUCCUUUGAGUUCCGCUCUUUGCUGCACUCCCAGUUAGCCACCAUGUUCUUCGACGAGGUCGUAAAGCAGAAUGUCGCGGCGUUCGAGCGGCGGGCCGGUAAGCUCUACGGCCCAGAGACUCGUAUCCCGCGAGAGCUGAUGUUUCACGAGGUGCAUCAGACGUAAUCUCAGGAGCUCUAUGUUCUCAUCUGACCUUAAACCAUACCAACUGUUUAUUCCCUUUAUCAACACAAACCUGCAUGAUGCUUCUUAUUCUGCCGCCGCCUCAGGUCUGCAGCGCCACAUAGACAUUCAACUGUAGUAAGCUCUAUAUUGGAAUUCCCGCAUCAACACAUUCUUGUUUAUCUCCUCUGUGUGUUAAGUCUGUCAAAUUUCUUCCACUUCCACUUAAAGGAUGCUUGUUUAUCAGAAGGAACCCCCCUUUCACCUCACUUCCAUGAGAGUUAAAAGCUUUCUUUGUGUGAACGCAACAGUAAAUCAUUGCAUUAUCAUGUUACCAACUAUCAUUAUUAUUAUUAUUAUUAUAGGGCUUUUAUUUUUAAACGGAAAGCACAGUGACACUGAACAAAACAUGCUUUUUGUUACUUAGAAACGGGCAAAGACUUUUACUCUCACCAGGGAUCAAGGCUCGUUCAUUGUGAUCUCAGAUAUAUGCUACAAUGACGCAAAAUACACUGUUCUCUUUUCAGUUGUCUUUUGCUCCUUAUACUGUAAUCUUUGCUUCCAAAGUGAAGUUUUUAUCUAUUAUUUGACAUAUAAUGCGUAGCAAGACAAUUAUGCAUUUAAUGCUUUUUAAUUUAUUCUUCAGAGUUCAUUUGCAUAUUCUUGCUGUUUUCUUGGGGUUCAAAGAAAUGUUGUGACGUUAUUGAAGGGCAACAUUUUUCAUGGGGAAAAGUAACUUCUUCAUUAGACUGCUUUUGGCCUCUAUUUACUUUUUGGUUUGGGACAUUUUGCGUUAAUUUGGAUGUUGAUGUGCUGUGAAAAUGGUGUUUUUGAACAUUUAAACUUCCGCGGUCAACUGCCUUAUUUUACAGCCCAUAACAAGUAACUAUUUGUUGACUAACAGAGGGAGGGAAAUCUUAACUUUGUACCAACAAGAAUAUGUGAUAAACUGAAGACGACUGAAAUACUCCAUAUGGGAUUACAAAUCUUCCAGGUUCUCUAAAUGAUCUGCUUCAAAACUUGGACAUGCUUCAAUUAAAACCUGCUGUGUUAAUAUAUAACUCCUGCUGUUAAAGUCUCUUUGUACUUCACAGUUCACUAAAGGUCAUCAGCAUGAUGUUCCAUUUCCAUCAUGUAUAUUAAAUCUGUGUGGGCUGCAGAAUAAAACAUUCUAGAUCAUUU